CAGGUAGCCAUCAUACAACGCAAGAUAAUUGACAGAUGCCUGAAUCUCGCUUACGACAUUUUCAAGAUAAAGCGCAUAUAUACAAGUUCCGAACAACAACAUUCGGACCGUCGGUCUACCGAGCAAUGUCACCGCUCGGUGGAAGAUCUUCCCUUUGUCGUAUAUAUCUCCCCAAACUGGUGACCCGACGUGAUCUGAACACGCAACCUUCUGAUUCAUCAUCAGCGCAUCAAGAAUUUCGGCUACCACAAUCCCCGCAUUCUCGCAGAUAAAAACACGUCAUUGACAGUCGUCCCACAGCAAGCCAGCAUCGCAGCCUCAACAGGACCAUCGCAGCCGACUCACCGCGCUUCCUGGUCCUACGGCACGCAACUUCACUGCCUCAUCACGCCGCUACAGUUCAUCGCAGCCCACGACCGGAUCAUCAACGCUUGGGGUCACACAUCUCCGGCGUGGCAGCUCUGCAUCACAUGGACUACGCACGACACGCACGCAACAUUCAAGCUCAGUCUCGACUCACCGCAGACUUCGAGCAGCACUGGCGACAAUCACGCAGCAUUCAGCUCAGUUUCGACUCACUGCAAACUUCGAGCAGCACUGGCGACACGCACGCAGCAUUCAAGCUCAGCCUCGACUCACCGCAGGCUUCGAGCAGCACUGGCCCUUGCAAGCUAAUCUCAGCACGGACAACGCUAACUAAAAAAUGACACGACCUCCAGUCUCGGAGGGGAGUGAUGUGGCAGGUAGCCAUCAUACAACGCAAGAUAAUUGACAGAUGCCUGAAUCUCGCUUACGACAUUUUCAAGAUAAAGCGCAUAUAUACAAGUUCCGAACAACAACAUUCGGACCGUCGGUCUACCGAGCAAUGUCACCGCUCGGUGGAAGAUCUUCCCUUUGUCGUAUAUAUCUCCCCAAAAUAAACAUCGUCCCUCGGGCCUGGUCGGCACCUGCCAUCACACAACGACGGCCUACCACCCCGCAGCCAACGGCCUUGUCGAAAGGCUACACCGACAACUCAAAGCAGCCGUCAUGUGCCACGCCAACCCACGAUGGACCGAAAGUCUUCCCAUGGUACUUCUGGGCAUCCGCAGCGCCUGGAAAGAUGACAUCCAGGCAUCCGCAGCAGAACUGGUCUACGGUGAGCCUCUCCGCUUACCUGGACAGUUCUUCAACACAUCCGCAACACCCCCAGGAGACGACAACGACCUGGCUUAUCGACUACGCGGACAUAUGAACAAACUUGCCCCUCGACCGACUACAUGGCACAGCGAAAACCGAACCUUCUACGUGCCUAAGGACCUAAACAUGACAUCCCAUGUGUUCCUGAGGCAAGGACCCCUCCGAAAGUCGCUCGAACCACCAUACAUUGGCCCCUACAAAGUCUUAAGAAGAGGAUCGAAAUCGUUCGACAUUGAGGUAAAUGGCAAACAAUUAACCGUCACCAUAGAUCGCCUAAAACCUGCCUAUAUCACGCGAGACGAUGGCAAGAGAGAAGACAAACAGAAGACCAGCGAGGCGAGCGAAGAACAUCAGCGUCCAGUACAAAAGACGAGAAGCGGCCGUACAGUCACCUUCCCGGACUACUAUCGACCGUAGCUAUCGGUCUCGGCGGGGGAGUACUGUGGCAUCAUCCUGCCACGGCUACCUGAGUGCGGACCUGCGCGCAAAAAUCAGGUGAUGCGUGCGCGCGCCAAUCAGGAGCCAACGCGCGGCCGCGUUAUCGCAGGUGACGCCGGGCUGCUGCACCAGCAGUCCGCCACAAAGCCUCGUACUGAUCGCGCGUUUCUCUCUCAUUAUUGUAAAUUCAUAUAUUUGUUAAUCGUUUGUUUUGUGUCUCGUUAAUUUGUUAAUAAUCUGUAGUGUAUCGUGUUGUCGUAAUAUAUAUCUAUUUCUCGUA